AUGAAAGUCAUCAACAUCUUUAGCUCAGGCAGAGCUGAUCCUCCCACCGGGCUCAGUGAGCGAGGUUCCUCGAAGAUUAGCACCCUGGCAAUCGAUAUUUCGGGGAUAGACUUCUCCCACUGCGAGCGCUAUGAAGGCGGGCCCUCUGCCUGGAAGGUUAUUUAUAUAAUAACUGCUUAUUUGGGAGACACCAAUGGUACUAUCCACUUUGAUGUCUACUGGGAGAGCAUGCAUCUGAUGAAUUGGAAAUUCAAGCCUGGUUUUAUUCGGUAUUGA